UGGCCCCCGCGCCCCGGCCCCGGCCCCCCGGGCCAUGCGGCCUCGGCCCCGCCGGCGCCCCCCGCGCACCCGAGGAGAUGAGGCUCCGCAAUGGCCCCUUCCUGACGCUGCUGCUCUUCUGCCUGUGCGCCUUCCUCUCGCUCUCGUGGUACGCGGCGCUCGGCGGCCAGAAAGGCGAUGUGGUGGACGUGUAUCAGCGGGAGUUCCUGGCGCUGCGGGACCGGUUGCAUGCGGCUGAGCAGGAGAGCCUCAAGCGCUCCAAGGAGCUCAACCUGGUGCUGGACGAGAUCAAGAGGGCCGUGUCGGAGAGGCAGGCACUGAGAGAUGGGGACGGCAACCGCACCUGGGGCCGCCUAACUGAGGAUCCACGACUGAAGCCGUGGAACGUCUCACACAAGCACGUUCUCCACCUGCCCACCGUCUUCCACCACCUGCCGCACCUGCUGGCCAAGGAAAGCAGCCUGCAGCCGGCCGUGCGCGUGGGCCAGGGCCGCACCGGAGUGUCGGUGGUGAUGGGCAUCCCCAGCGUGCGGCGCGAGGUGCACUCCUACCUGACAGACACGCUGCACUCGCUCAUCUCGGAGCUGAGCCCACAGGAGAAGGAGGACUCGGUCAUCGUGGUGCUGAUCGCCGAGACUGACCCACAGUACACCUCGGUGGUGACGGAGAACAUCAAGGCCUUGUUCCCCACGGAGAUCCAUUCCGGGCUCCUAGAGGUCAUCUCCCCUUCCCCCCACUUCUACCCUGACUUCUCCCGUCUCCGAGAGUCCUUUGGGGAUCCCAAGGAGAGAGUCAGGUGGAGGACCAAACAGAACCUCGAUUACUGCUUCCUCAUGAUGUACGCACAGUCCAAGGGCAUCUACUACGUGCAGCUGGAGGAUGACAUUGUGGCCAAGCCCAACUACCUGAGCACCAUGAAGAACUUCGCGCUGCAGCAGCCCUCAGACGACUGGAUGAUCCUGGAGUUCUCCCAGCUGGGCUUCAUAGGGAAGAUGUUUAAGUCGCUGGACCUGAGUCUCAUUGUGGAGUUCAUCCUCAUGUUCUACCGGGACAAGCCCAUCGACUGGCUUCUGGACCACAUUUUGUGGGUGAAGGUCUGCAACCCUGAGAAGGACGCGAAGCACUGUGACCGGCAGAAGGCCAACCUGCGGAUCCGCUUCAAGCCAUCCCUCUUCCAACACGUGGGCACUCACUCCUCGCUGGCCGGCAAGAUCCAGAAACUGAAGGACAAGGACUUUGGGAAGCAGGCUCUGCGGAAGGAGCACGUGAACCCGCCGGCGGAAGUGAGCACCAGCCUCAAGACGUACCAGCACUUCACCCUGGAGAAGGCCUACCUGCGGGAGGAUUUCUUCUGGGCCUUCACGCCCGCCGCGGGGGACUUCAUCCGCUUCCGCUUCUUCCAGCCUCUGCGUCUUGAGCGGUUCUUCUUCCGCAGCGGGAACAUCGAGCACCCAGAAGACAAGCUCUUCAACACGUCUGUGGAGGUGCUGCCCUUCGAUCCCCUUGAUUUUGCCUCCAGAAUCCCCAGUCUGACAAGGAGGCCCUGCAGGAGGGCCGCUCAGCCACCCUCCGGUACCCUCGGAGCCCUGACGGCUACCUUCAGAUCGGCUCCUUCUACAAGGGUGUGGCGGAGGGUGAGGUGGACCCUGCCUUUGGCCCCCUGGAAGCACUGCGCCUCUCCAUCCAGACAGACUCUCCUGUGUGGGUCAUCCUGAGCGAGAUUUUCCUGAAAAAGGCCGACUAAGCCCAGGGCUCCUGAGGGUCCACUUCGGCUGGCCAUGAAGCCCGAGACAUGGGAGGUCGUAGCUGCUGCCCCCUGGAGUGCCAGGCCACGCACCGCCACCCCAGCCCGGGAGGUCCCGUCUGGCGCCCGCUGGCGACCUGGGCUUGCCGCUGGCCCGGAGGCCCCAGGAGCUGGUGCUGCCCCGCGCCGGGCCGCGGCAGAAGUCGGCGGCCCCCACACUGUGCCUGAGGCCGGCCCUGGAGCCAGGCCGGUGGAGAAGAGCUUUUCCCUGGGCGCCUGCUGUCUCCGGCGCGAACACUGGAAUGCGUAUACUACUUUCUGUGCUGUGUUUUUUAUUCUUGGAUACAUUUGAUUUUUUCACGUAAGUCCACAUAUACUUCUAUGAGAGCGUGACUUGUAAUAAAGGGUUCAUGAAGUA